AUGGACGACAUCAAAAACGCAUCAGAACUUGUUAACUCGGUCCUUGUUGCACGUGGUUAUAAUAAUGAUAGACUGCUAUUCCCAUCUAUCGACACUGUGGAGGAUGCUCAGGGCAACGAUAGGGCGGUGCUGAACACGAUAUACGCUCUCUUACAGGAGCUGGACAAAUCACAGAACGAACGGGCAUAUUUGAACGAGGUUCUACGUGACAAAAACGAGAUCAUAAAGCAUUUUGAGGACUCUAAUACCGAGCUGAACUCUGCGACAAAACGGCUCCAGAGAGAGUUACAGUCCAACAGGAACGAAGUUGAACUGCUGAAUCAGCGGGUAAAAGCUAUUCACAGGUCUAGAGAAAGUGCCAAGUUUGAACUUGUUAAGGAACGUAACGUUGUCAACUCUUUGAAGACCAAAUAUGACACGGAUAUGCGUAGGAAGACGGUCAUUAUCGAACAACUCCAAGACAAACUUUUAUCAAAGAGAAGGAAGUUCUUCAGUGUGAUGAACGAUAACAAUUUUGCGGAGGAUUCACCACCCUUGUACGAUUCAAAGAUACAACUCGAUAGAGAGCUGGAGUCUAUGAUGGUCAAUUUGAGUGACUUAAUCGAUAAGCUCACUUUUGAAAACUCGUCUUCCGUUAAACUGCUCAAUUUUGUCGUUGGCUACCUAACGGUCCUGAGCAACUACAAGAAACACGACACCUCAAACGUCCCACCUUCACCAAACUUUUUCCUUGAAAAUUUGGAAAGAGAACGACAAGAUGCAGAUAAAUCAACAAGCACUACACAUAUAAGGCAUUUGACAAAUAGUUCCAACUUGGAAAAGACGUUAAUAGAACAGUUGAACAAGUUAUAUGAAGGAGUCACCAUGGAUUUCAUGAUCUCUGAGAGAGAGAGUAAAUCUCUUCAAUCUUCCAAAGUGGUACAGUUACAACAGACAGUUGAACAGUUACAAAAGAAUCUCGACAGUGCCAUUGAAACUAACGAAGAAUGGCGCAGGAAAUUCGAUGGGAUUCAAAGGAAAUCCAACCCACCGGAACAGAAAUUGGCAAAACAAUAA